AUGAACGUCCACACGCCUCGCAAAAUUCUUGUUGUGGGUGGGGGACCCUGCGGGCUUGUAACUCUGCGCAAUCUCAUAGACCGAGGACAAUUCGAGCAAGCUCUACUUGUUGAAAGACGAGACGAUGUUGGCGGCGUCUGGUAUUUGGAAGACCCACCACUGCCUGGGGUGCCUCGCGAUAGGCCAUACUGGCCAUCUCCUGCCUAUCCGGCUCUCGUCGGCAACGUCUUGUCCGAAUAUCUGUCCUUCUCACACCAUCCAUUUCCUGAGCUUCCCUCACAACUUCAUCCAUAUCCGACCCUCCUCCAAACACAUCAAUAUCUAAAGCGUUUUGCGGCACCUUUCCUUGAGUCCGGCCAUAUUCUUUUGUCAACAGAGGUGGUUUGGGUCGAUGAGUUGGCCGAUGGACAAGGCUGGAAUGUGACUUUGCGAGAUUGGCGAUCUGGAUCAGCGGGGAACGAGCGGGUAGAGACUUGGGAUGCGGUCGUCGUGGCCACUGCAUGGUAUGACUUUCCAUCAUGGCCGGAUGGCGUUCCAGGGCUGGCUGAAGCGAGAGAAGCUGGUUUGGCAACACACGCGAAGAAUUGGAAGGGGCCAAGUGGAUACGAGGGAAAGAAAAUCGUCGUCGUCGGCAACGCCAAUUCCUCGAACGACAUCGUGGCCCAACUCAAAUCUGUUGCUCAAACGCCUGUUUACCGCUCCAUUCGUCGACAGGGCCUGCGGAGAUUUGCUUUCCUCCCCGAUAACCGAGUGGUCGAUGUUGCUCAAAUCGCCUGCUAUUCAAUAGACGCCAACAAAAAGCUUGAUUUAGAACUUCUUGAUGGACAAAUUCUUACUGGAGUCGACAGUGUCAUUUUGGGCACAGGCUAUAAAGCUGCUGCCGCGCCAUUCGUUCGAUUACUCGAGAAUGAAGUCAUGACUCCGAUGACUUCAUCUUUAACUAUGCCACCAAGAAUCCCCGCGCUUUACGAGCACAUCAUAUAUUCGCGAAACCCCAGCCUUGCGUUCAUCGGCACCAUUAUGUCAUACACACCAUUCACACUGGCGGAUGUUGCUUCGACAUUCCUCUGCCUCGUCUGGAGCAAACAUAUCACUAUUCCCAACUCGCUCGAGGGCCGGCUGGCCGGAGAGCAAGCCCGGAUUGCCUUUGUCGAAGCGACACGGAGACAAAUAGACGACCCGUCAUCAUUCGUGGCCUAUCAUAUUCUUGCUGCUGCCGAGCAGGGCUAUGCCCAAGGACUGAAAGACGCAAUCAGAAAGGUUGAUUCGGAUGGGGCGAGGAAGUGGGCGGAAGCGUUGCCGGAAUGGGAGGAUGGUGAUUGGAAGCGGAGGGAAGGCAUGUAUGAGCGAAAAUGGGCCAGUUUGGAGGCAGAGGCCGCAGGGGAAGAUCAGUUUAAAAUGGAUGCAAGGUUAUAA